GAAUUUAGCAAUUUACAUUAUUCGCACUAAGAUGGCGCGAGAUAAUAUAUUAAUCUUCGUGAGUUAACUCACAUUCAGACUAACUUUGUGUUAAACUGUGGUCUUACUAAGUCCGUAUUAAAGAUAAAAAAACCAUGGUCUUUAUUACAAUUUUGGUCAAUAUUUUUCUUGUACUUUGUACAAAUUUUGAUGAAGGAAUGGGCGACAUUAGCACGUUGUCGGAAGUUAAUGUGGCUUGUGUAUCAAAAUGGCAAAACAUCAAACUCAUCUUGUUUAUGGACGUCAAAAAUACGGCCAAUUAUAGUAAGUUAUGGAGUGAUGAUGAAAAGAAACUCAAAGCUUUGACCGUACAAAGACUUUCGCAAACAGUUGUAUAUCCCACGAACUUGUCGAAAACAUUUACAUGUGAUGGAAAUUUAACUAUCAACAAAUCUAAUUUAAUUAAUAUAUCUUACGAUGCAGUGAUACCAUACAUUGGAAUAAAGCUUACAACUAUCAGGUUCAUCGCAGUAUCGAGAGUUGAACGACACUUGGAAUUCUACUUAGAAGCCAACACAGCAUUGACUAUGAAGAACAUCAACUACGAACUUCAUUAUUGCGAGGAAUACAUGUUCGUUGACUCUGAAUAUAUUUGUCCUAAUUAUAGAAACGUAAAGUUUGACUGCGUAGAUUUAACCUGCAAAGCUUCAACUCUUGACGAAGAUAUUAUCGCUGAAUAUACAAACUAUCAGUUCUACAUUAACACUACGAAUAAUGCAGAUGAAAGUCGAACUAUUAGCCACGUGUUUCAUUUGUAUACCAAAGGCAGCGCAGAUAGAAUAAAAUCAGAAGGGCCUGGUCAUUUCAAUGUUAUCAUUAUGGGAAAGAAACCCUCGCGACUGGAGGUUAUAACCUUAGAUAUGGGAGUUACAUUGAAAUGGAGAAAUGAAAAAAAUUCUGAAUAUGUUGACAACAAAAUACGUGUCUUUUGUAAAAAUGGCUUUAACAUUACUAAGUAUACUAAAAAAGAAUGGCAAACCACAAUAAGAAACAAAAAUUGGUUUACACCCAACACGUUCUGCAGCUUUUGCUUCUCAUAUCAAGCAACUCAUGGCGCUCUUUGGUCUGAUGAAAUAUGUAACAGUACUAUAUUUCCAGAAAAAAAUCCCCAAAAUCCUCCAGAAAUCAUGUGUAAUGCCAAAACAUGUGAAAGCAAUACAUUUCUGAACAAAACACGUGAUAUCACAGUCAUUUGCAAAUUUCCCGAAAAGAAAACACAAAAUGGUGUGCUGAAGACCUUAAUGAUAAAUUACUGGGAUGAAGCAGGCAAUGGCAAGCAACUUAAUACAACGAACUUGACUUCAUGCAAAAUAAAACUGUCCAAUCUGAGUCCACACCAUAUCUAUAGUGCACGUAUGGCCGUGUGUAAUACAAAAGGAUGCAGUCCAUUUAGUGAUAGUGUUGUUAUUUCCGAAGCUAAGUUUGGACAAAGAGGAUCAUCAAAAUGGUUAAUUUGGGGAGUUCCUGUUAUUAUCUUAUCAUUUAUCGUUUUAGUUGGAACUGUUGUCAUUCUGAGGUGUAAAGAAAAAUCAAAGCCUAACCUAUCUUUGCCUGAUAUUCAAGAACCAAAUGUUUAUGAAAAUAUAGGUGCAAGCAUUGAUGUAGAUAUGAAAAUUAUUGAUUAUAAUGAGCUAGAGAAAGAUGAAAAGUUUAAAGACACAACUAGCUAGAUAUGAACUAAAUAUGACACAAAACUCUUUUCUAUUAUUCAUAUGGAAAUACAUGCAUAUAUUUAUUGUAAAAACAACUUUUAAAUUUAA